AUGCUUCACAAUCACGGGGUUGCUCAAACUACUAAUGACGUUGUUUUGAAUGCGAAGAAUAUUGAAAUUCUGUCAGCCUUUUGUAAGUUGGGAGCGCCGGCGUCAAUCAAGUACGAUGAAACCCUGGAGCUCGUCACCCUACACUUUGAAUCCCCGAUCAAGGAGGGACGGUUUGUACUCAACCUAGAAUUCAAGGGAAAGCUGAAUGACAACAUGGAAGGAUUCUACCGGAGUACUGCAAAAACUGAGGCCGGCAAGGAACAAAUUAUCCUGUCUACGGACUUUGAGGUACGGUUGCAUUUUCUUUUACUUAUUCGAGCUCGCGGCAUCGUUGACGGUGGUGAUUAG